UUCAGACAUUUCAACAAAAUUGUAAUAGUUGUAGGCUAAACGUUUGAUAGGUUUGUGGCACCACGUGGUGGGAGUGACGUGGUCCCUUUGGGGCCACGAAUGAAUAAUCUCUCCUUCCCAAUUCCUUCCUCAUAAUUAUUGUUCUCACUACAAAACUCAUCACAAAAGUCUUCCCAGUUCUUUCUCCAUUUAAUAUUUCCAAACCACUCAGAAGAAGUUACGGACUUGAUCUGCUUUUUGAUUUUUUGCAACAAGAUUCUUCUAGCAAAGCAUCUUGGUUUCUUUCUUGCUUGAAAGGAGUAGACUGGGCCAUGGAAGAGAUUGGUUUAACAUUUGGAUAUUACUAUUACCUUCAUACUAACAUGAAAAAACUCAAAAGAAAUACAGAGCAAUUGAACGGCCGAGAGAAGGACAUAAAUGAAGACAUGAAUUAUGAAGUGCAGCGGUCAAGGAAAAGACGAAGGGUAGAGGUUGAACUUUGGCAAGAAGAUGUGCGAAGGAUAGCAAAUGAUGUCCAAACUUUGGAAAGACAAGUGCAAGAAGUAAGUUGGAUGAAUGUCUUCAAACGCGCAAAGUUGGGAAAGCGUGUGGUGGAGACUAUUCAAGAGGUGGAAAAACUGCAUGAAAAUGGUGGAUUUUCUAAUGGUUUGCUGAUUGAUGAUCCAACUUGUGGACAUGCCAUACCCAAUGCAGAAUCUUUGGCUGAACCCACAAGUGCAAGGAACAAGGAGAAAGUUUGGAAUUUCUUGAUGGAUGAUGCGGUUAGAAAAAUCGGUGUUCACGGAAUGGGGGGAAUCGGCAAAACAACCAUCAUGAAAUACAUCCAUAAUCAACUUUUGGAUGAAAUUCAUUACUUUGAUGAUGUUAUUUGGGUCACAGUAUCUAAAGCAUUCGAGAUCAAAAAUCUACAAAGGCAGAUAGCUAAGAAACUGAAUCUUGAUCUUUCCGAUUAUGAGGAUGAAUUAGGUACAGCGUCAGAAAUACAUAACAUGCUUUUCCAAAAGAAGAGGUAUUUGCUCAUCUUAGACGAUCUUUGGAAAGCAUUUCCUCUGGCGGAGGUGGGUAUUCCGCAACCAACCAAAGAUAACGGAUGUAAGCUAGUGGUGACUACACGAUUGUUAGAAGUCUGUACAAAGAUGAAUUGCAAAACUGUUGAAAUGGAGCUUCUCACAGAAGGGGAAGCAUUGAAUCUAUUUAUGAGUAAUGUUAAAGAACAUCAGACAGUGCUUACACACGAGGUGGAAGAAAUUGCAAAAGAAGUUGCCAAAAAAUGUGCCUGUCUGCCCCUUGCAAUUGUUAUUAUGGCUGGAUGUAUGAGAGGAGUGAAUGACAUUCGCGAGUGGAGAAAUGCGAGAAAUGCACAACAGCUCAUGGACAAAGAAGAACGGUUAUUUGAGCAACUAAAAUUUAGUUAUAGUCGGCUAAAAGAUGAACAGGAACGACAUUGUUUCUUGUAUUGUGCAUUGUAUCCAGAAGACGAUGACAUCCAUAGGGAAGAACUGAUAGAGCAUUGGAUUGCUGAGGGCCUAAUAUGUAAGAUGGACAAUAGAGAAGCAAUGUUCGACGAAGGUCACACUAUAUUGAAUAAACUCAUUAAAACUUGCUUGUUGGUAAAAGCUGAUAACAUAAAUGGAGAAUUCGUGAAGAUGCAUGAUUUGAUAAGAGACAUGUCUCUCAAAAUUACAUCAACUAGUCCUCGAUUCAUGGUCCGAGCUGGUGAGGGAUUAAAAAGAGUUCCACAUAAAGAUUGGUCUAAGGAUCUUCAGAGGGUUUCCUUAAUGCAGAACGAUAUUGAAGAACUUCCUUCUGAACUACCCAUUUGCCCUCGUCUCACCACCUUCCUAUUGCAAGGUAAUUGGCCAAAAGUACUUCAGAUUCCAGAUUCUUUCUUUUUGCAUAUGCCUUGUCUCAAGGUGUUGGAUUUGUCCUACACUACCAUAGAGUCUCUGCCAAAUUCCAUCUCCAUGUUGGAGAAUUUGCAUCAACUGUUACUACGUCAUUGUUAUAAACUAAAAUAUGUGCCGUCACUGGAGAAACUAAAGGCAUUGGAACAUUUCGAACUGACUCAUAGUCAGAUUAAAGAAGUACCGCAAGGUAUAGGAGAGUUGGUUAAUCUCAGAAAGCUUGUUCUCUGGUUUGAUCGCAACAUAAAAUAUGUGCCGUCAUUGGAGAAACUGAAGGCGUUGGAACAUUUUAAACUGACUAAUAGUCACAUUGAAGAAGUACCCCAAGGUAUAGAAGAAUUGGUUAAUCUCAGAGAGCUUAAACUCUGGGGGAAUUACAACCUAGGUAUGUCUCCUUGCCGGAAUUUUUGCAGACUCACACAACUCCAUCACCUUGAAAUUAAUGAAACAAAAGUAAAUGUGUUGGCAGAAGAGCUGUUGUGCUUGAAGCAAUUAAAAGUUGUCGAAGCUCAGUUUCACAAUGCGCAAGAGCUUACCAAGUAUGUGAAAUCUGUGCAAUGCAAAAGUUUGGAAAGGUACAGCCUUGAGGUAGGAAUUGUUGAUAAAGAGAAACUCACUUGUGUUUACAACUCUAAAUAUUUGUUUAGUAAUGGAGUAGAUGCCGUAGUGCUUCGCAGCGACAUAGAGGAAUUGAGAAUUAGAAGAUGGGACAAUCACAUUAGCUUAUCAGAUAUUCAGUCAUUAAGGGAUGCAAGAGGUUUAAAAAAAAUUUCAAUCGAAGAGUGUGAUGGGCUUGAAUCCAUCUUUUCAUCAUCAUCAUUAUCAUGCUUUUCGGAAGACUACCAUAUCCCGCUAACAAUGAUUGAGAAAUUAAAGUUUUCUAAUUUACCCAAUUUUAGGAUACUCUUUGACAGAGUUGUUCCACCACACAACAUUUCAUUUAACCUUAAGAGAUUGGAGUUCUGUGAAUGUCCGAAAAUGGAGAAUAUUUUCUCUGCCCUGUUGUUGCACAACUUCCCAAAUCUUGAGGAACUUGAAGUGAUGAGAUGCGAGAAUGUGGAGGAGAUAACAGUAGAAGUAGAGAUGAGUGAUCGAUGGGGGCAUCGUGAAGAUGAUGGCAACACAAUCACACUCCCAAAUUUAAAGAUAUUACAUUUAGAAAGUCUACCAAGACUGAAGAGCAUAUACAAGGGCGUAAUGGCCUGUGAAUCUCUGCAACAAAUUCAUAUAUGGGACUGUCCCAUGUUAAGGAGAUUGCCUAUUUCUUUGCACAUGAAUGAGGAUGGUAAGCAAGCUUCUGCACCACCUGUUCUUCAAAGCAUUUUUGGAGAAGAAGAAUGGUGGGAAUCUCUAGAAUGGGAUAAUCCCCUCACGAAAACCACUCUUCAACCUUUCUUUCCCAGUCGAUUUUAGGGACUUUUCUGAAGAAGAAGAAGAAGAAGAAGAAGAAGAAGACUAAACCUCUUGAAGAAGAAGAAGAGACUAAAUCUCUUGAAGGAAAUGAAAUUGAAUAAUAUUGAAAUCAUCAUUAAGGUAAUUCAAAUCCCUUCUUAUUUUACAUUUCCACUCCAUUUGGAUUGGGUGAUUUAGUGAGAAAAGAUAAAAAAUGAUGAGAAAGAGAACUCAUGAUUUCACAGAAUUAUUUGAGAGUCUGUUGGGAUUAGUGUGGUUGUUUGGUAUUAGACCAAUUUGGUUAGGGUUAUAGAUGACACUCACUUAUUAGGCUUUUGAUUAAUUGAUUUUAUACAAAAAAAAAAAAAGAGCAAAAUACCCCAAGAACAACAUGAUCUAUACUUUAUUUUGACAAUCAUAUGAAGGUUGAAACAAUGUUCUUCCCUCGUUAUACUUAUUUUCCCCAAAACUAGUCAGUUUUGAAUAAGGUAUGGGAGUACUUAACUUUAUUAUAACAAAUUUAGGUACACAGAUACCAACCACAUAAAAUACACAAAACAUUCACAUUAGUGUAGAUUCAAUAAUUUAUGGGCCCUGCACAUGUAAUUAUUUUGUGUAAUUUAUUUAUGAUGAUUUUUACAUACAUAGAACCACUAUUAUUUUUAUAAUGUCAUUGAAUUCCUUGUUUAUAGCUUUCGAUUCCUGAACUCGAGUGUGGAUUCGUUUCACUAGAGAUUCAGAAGAAUAGUGUGGUGAAAGCGGUGAAAGUUAUUAUUGGGAUAGAGUGCUAAAAGUAGAAGUUAUUUUGAAUUGUUUUAUUGCGACAUUAAUUAAAUUAUAGAACUCUUAUUUGCUUUGAUAGAGGCAAUUAAUCUUUGAAAUAUUCAGAUUAUGGAACUCUAGAUUUGGCAUGCUCUAAACAUUAAACUAGCUAAACUGAAUUUGUGGAUUGCUGUGGAAACUUUUGGUAUUGGGAAUUAAAGAUUACUGAUUGUGAUUUCA